AUUAUAAUAAUUACAACUUCCUCUGAUUAGCCUUUUUCCUUUGGCUCAAUCAUGAUGACUUUUUUAAUUAGACCAUGUGGAUAGACAAAGAGCGCAAGGACCAGUGGCACAGUUGGCUUAUGAAGAGGCUUUAAAAGAUGGAUAUGUACAAGUUUACCGCGGUCAUGUUAUACUGGUUGGUCAGGAUCGCGCCGAGAUAAUGAGUGAAAAAAUAGCAGAUGGACACAGAGCACAGUUGGCUUAUGAAAGGGCUUUGAAAGAUGGGUAUGUAAAAGUUUACCGUGGUCGAAUCAUGCUGAUUGGUCAGGAUCGCGCUGGUAAAACCAGUUUGAAGAAGAGUCUGUUAGGCCUUCCAUUUGACCCUAAAGAACAGAGUACUGAGGGGAUUGAAGUGGAUCCUUCAAAGUGUGAAAUUGAUGUUGAUCAAGUUAGAAAUUGGCAAUCCACCAACGAGAAGAAACCAGGACUGUUAGAAUGUGCGAAAGAUGUGGCAGAGAUUGUUGCAGAGAAAUUGGUAGUGCUGAGAAGAAAUUUUGAAGAUAUUUCAGGAGAAGAAGAUUCAGAAGAUGGUUCAGUGCAAGAAGACUUUUCUGAAGUUGAGACAGACAGUGACACUAAAGGCCACUUAAAUAACUCAGAUAUUUCCUCACCGUCAAAGAAAUCAAAGGGAACCCUUCUGCGGGACAAAAGGGGUGAACGUUUUCAGAAUUCCAAACAUGAACACUUACCAAAUGAACCUGAGAUACAGAUUGAUGCUUCUUCGCCUCCAGAUGACGUCAUAAAACAUCUUGAUCAGUGGCUAGAGUAUGUCAGAGGUAGAGUUGAUAUCAGCAAAGAAAUUGUCCUUUGUUUAGAAUUAUGGGAUUUUGCAGGGCAGCAUAUGUAUUAUGCCAGUCACCCUAUCUUUCUAUCAUCUCGAGCAGUGUACAUAUUGGUACACAAUCUUAGUAAGCCGUUAGAUGCCUUAGCUGAGCCUUGCAUCAGACAAGGAACAAUUGAUGUCAAACUGGAAAACUCUAACAAUGAAACAAAUAUAGAGAACUUGUUGUCGUGGCUGGCCACGGUUCACAGUGUUGCGCAAGCACCACUAAAUGAUGGCAUAGAUGAUGAUUCACAACACAAACUGCCCUACCUCCGCCCUCCAGUGUUCAUUGUUGGCACACAUGCUGACAAACCAGUUGGUGACAUUGCAGUGAUGAAAAAACAAAUCCAGGAGAGAAUUUGUGGCAAGGAAUAUGAGAAGCAUGUGGUGCGGCCUCUCUACUGCAUUGACAACACAAGACCAUCUUCAAGACAGCCAGGUACAAUGUUGAACUGUAUUUUGUGGUUCCUGUUUGAAAAGGUGAUUGAAGCUUUGGUGGCUAAACAGAUUUAUCACAGAAAUCUACAACAGCUUGAAUACUAUGCAAGGAAAGAGUGUUUAAUGAAAGAUCGAGAUGAGUUUGACUCCAUGAUCAGUUUUUACCAUGGCCUGGGGAUGAUAAUCAAGCACCGCAGUACAAUUGUACUGAAGGCUCAGUGGUUGAUUGAUCUGUUCAAACAGCUGAUAACCAUACCACCUUUCAAUAAACAGAAUCCCCUGAAUGCUAAGUACUGGCAAGAACUUGAAGGAAGUGGCAUCCUCAGCAUGGAACAUGUUGAUCAUGUGUUCUCCAGCUUUAUUGGACAAGGAAUCAUCAAAGAAGACAUCUUGUGGUUCCUGUUUGAAAAGGUGAUUGAAGCUUUGGUGGCUAAACAGAUUUAUCACAGAAAUCUACAACAGCUUCAAUACUAUGCAAGGAAAGAGUGUUUAAUGAAAGAUCCAGAUGAGUUUGACUCCAUGAUCAGUUUUUACCAUGGCCUGGGCAUGAUAAUCAAGCACCACAGUACAGUUAUACUGAAGGCUCAAUGGUUGAUUGAGCUGUUCAAGCAGCUGAUAACCAUACCACAUUUUGAUAAAGUGCCCCCUUUCAGGGAGGUUAAUUUUACAGACAAUAUUGACUUAAAAUGCUACAAAUUUCAAAAGUAA